AUCAGUCACUCGUCUCCUGCUUCUUCUAACCUUCUCUCUCCUCUCGCCGCUUCCAUUUUCCCGAGAAAAAGUGAGAAGAAAGAAGCUUCUUCAAUGGCGUCGUCGUCUCAGAAAGUAACCUCUGUUUGUUUGACCGUCCUCGUCCUCUUCGCUCUCACUGCAACGGUUCUCCGGAAAAUUGAAAUCCCUAGCUCCAGGAAGUUGAAAACAGAGGAGUUGCAGAGCCCAGUAAACAUCUCAGCAAUGGCGGCGAACAGGCUUGAAGGUGUGGAUUUGAAUGAACAGCACGCGGUUAAUGAUCCAGAUAAGGUUGCUGAUGAAGUCGCUACCCUUGUUCAGAUGAGUGAGCAUAACAACACAGCAAGGAGGAAGCUUGGAUUUUUCUCUUGUGGAACCGGUAACCCAAUCGAUGACUGUUGGCGUUGUGAACGUAACUGGCAUAAGAACCGCAAACGCCUUGCUGAUUGUGGGAUCGGAUUUGGACGCAACGCAGUUGGUGGUCGUGAUGGACGCUUCUACGUUGUCACCGACCCCACUGACGAAGACGUUAUUAACCCCAAACCAGGAACUCUUCGCCAUGCGGUUAUCCAAGACGAGCCUCUGUGGAUUGUGUUCAAAAGAGAUAUGGUGAUUGAGCUGAAACAAGAGUUGAUUAUGAACAGUUUCAAGACCAUUGAUGGUCGUGGUGCUAAUGUGCACAUAGCCAACGGUGCUUGCAUCACUAUCCAGUUUAUCACCAAUGUCAUCAUUCACGGUCUUCACAUUCAUGAUUGCAUACCUACUGGAAACGCAAUGGUUAGAAGCUCGCCGUCUCAUUUCGGCUGGAGGACAAUGGCUGAUGGCGAUGCAGUCUCUAUCUUUGGAUCAUCUCAUAUCUGGAUUGAUCAUAACUCCCUCUCUCACUGUGCUGAUGGCCUUGUGGAUGCUGUCAUGGGUUCUACUGCUAUUACCGUUUCCAACAACCACUUUACACACCACAAUGAGGUCAUGUUGCUAGGCCACAGUGAUUCCUACACCAAAGAUAAGCUGAUGCAAGUGACCAUUGCUUACAACCAUUUUGGAGAAGGAUUGGUUCAGAGAAUGCCAAGGUGCAGACAUGGGUAUUUCCAUGUGGUUAACAACGACUACACACACUGGGAAAUGUACGCGAUUGGUGGGAGUGCAGACCCAACCAUCAACAGUCAAGGAAACAGAUAUGCUGCUCCUAAGGACCCUUUCGCCAAGGAGGUGACGAAAAGAGUAGAGACGGAUGCAAAUGAGUGGCAGAAGUGGAAUUGGAGGUCAGAAGGAGAUCUGCUACUGAACGGAGCAUUCUUCAGGGCAUCAGGAGCAGAAGCCUCAGCUAGCUAUGGACGAGCCUCGAGCUUAGCAGCUAAACCAUCAUCAAUGGUCCACACUAUAACCUCUACUGCAGGAGCACUAGGUUGCCGCAAAGGCAGACCUUGUUAGCUUUCUCUGUCUCUCCCACAGUUACUAACCCUAAACCCCUUUCCCAUAUCUUUGGAAAGUGGAAUAUACAGUAGUAGUUAUCUUUCUACUUUCUCGUUUCGUUUUGGGUCGAGUCAACCUCAGCUUGCUUUAUCUUCUUCUUCAAAAGGUGGGAAAACAAAGAGGAGCAAGCUCAGAAGCGUUGUUCAAAAGGUUUUCCUUCUUUUUAGAGUCUCUUAUGGUUUUCGUUUUUCCCUUUGGUUUUGGAGUUGUUGAGGUCCCUUUGGUUUUAAUGGAUCUCCCUCCUCCCUUGCGUCCUUAGUCUUUUUGGAGUUCUCUUUCAAGUUAGUGGUCAUAGUAAAGCUAAAUUUGUAACACAAGACGAUGGAAAAGGUUUUCUUCAUUUCAUUGCAAUUUCCGUUUUUUUUUGUU